GAAAUAGCAAGUAAAUUUAAGUUGGCCCCCGUAAUCUUAUCAUCUUCACAUCCAAUUGGAUAUCUUUUGUCCACGUCAGCCUAGAUAGCUAAAAAAGGCCCCAACCAUUUUCCUUUCCUUUUGAUCACCCACCAUGGCUGCUACAAACGCCACCGCCGCCGCCGUCACUCCGUUCUCCAAGCACAACUCAAAAUCUAAACCAUGGCCCUCCGAUCCUAUCUUUCUCAGAUUAAAAUCCACAACACCCAUAUUACAACUCUCAACAUCAGUGCCUCACUCUCGUGUGAUACCCAUCACCGGAAAGUUCUCGGAGAUGAAGGUAUCGGCGUCGGUAGCUCAAGAAGAGGCGGAGGUAUCGGUGACCGACGAGGAGGAAGUCUCCGGUGAGGGUGGAGAUGAAGCACCGACCGAAAGCGCUGUAAAUACAAAGCUUUACUUUGGGAAUCUACCGUAUCUGUGUGACAGUGCUCAGCUCGCCGGCAUAAUUCAAGAUUACGGCAGCCCGGAGCUUGUUGAGGUACUUUACAACCGGGAAACCGGAAAAAGUAGAGGCUUUGCGUUUGUCACCAUGAGUAGUGUCCAAGAUUGCAAAGCCGUUAUCAAAAACCUUGAUGGAAGGGAAUAUGGAGGUAGAACAUUAAGAGUGAAUUUUUCUGACAAGCCAAAGCCAAAAGAACCAUUGUAUCCAGAGACCGAGUUCAAACUAUUCGUCGGAAAUCUUUCGUGGUCGGUUACCUCAGAGAGUCUAACCCAACUGUUUAGUGAACAUGGAAAUGUGGUUGGAGCACGGGUUCUAUACGAUGGAGAAACCGGAAGGUCACGUGGUUAUGGGUUUGUGAGUUACCACACAAAAGCCGAAAUGGAGACAGCCCUUCAGAUUCUCAACGGAGUGGAGCUAGCAGGGCGGUCAAUACGAGUUAGCCUAGCACAAGGAAAGAAGCAGUAAGAGUAGAGUCUCCAAGAUUAAAGAUUUCAAGUGAUUAGAUAGAGGGAUCAACUUGAUCUGUUGUGUGUUAGUACUCGCUUUCAAUGCAUACAGUUAGCAUUGUACUAAGUCCUUUCUAGAAUCAGGAGCCAUACUGUGUUCCUUGAUCAAGUUCGGUUAUGAUGCUAUAUUUGUACUCGCGCGUUGUGAUGAAACUGAAAACUUUAUAGGCAUUUUUUUAAGAAUUAACUUUCAUGAAUGAUACAUACAAAGGUUCAACAA